ACAUCUUAGCGUUAAAAAACACACUCUCACACUUGUCUAACGAGCCACGCACAUUGUGAAAAGCAAUACACGUUUGCAAACGAUAAGUUGGGGCGGGAAAGCCCAAAAACUCAGAGGAGCGCGCCUUCAAAUUGAAAAAUUCACACUUCUCCAGAGCUUCAAUUUUUUUUUCAGUUAUUUUCAAUCCCACCCACAUAAAAUUCGAUUACCUUUACAGCCAACUGUUUUAGUUUUUCUUCGUUUUUGUUGUUUGGGAUCUUGUUGAUUUUAGGUUUGAAUCCAAGGAAGUGACGUUCGUUUGGUUUUGGGCCUACUGAAGCGGAGAUCGAAGAACCUUGUGACUGUUCACAAUGUUCUAUUCACAUUUCAUAUUGGCCAAAAAGGGCCCCCUGGGUACCGUUUGGAUUGCUGCACAUCUGGAGAGGAAGCUAAGGAAAAAUCAGGUUACCGAGACCAAUAUCAGCGCUUCUGUUGAUUCCAUCAUGUUUCCGGAAGUUCCCAUUGCUCUUCGACUAUCAGGGCAUCUUUUGUUGGGUGUGGUUCGGAUAUAUUCAAGGAAAGUAAACUAUCUCUACCAAGACUGCAGUGAAGCUUUAGUAAAGAUACAAGCAUUUACUUCGGUACAAGUGGAUCUACCACCUGGAGCUGCUACUGCACCAUUUCAUUCAAUCACUUUGCCUGAGACGUUUGAAUUUGAUGACAUAGAGGAAGAAUUGAGAUAUGGAAAGCCAGAUACACAUGUCACAACCCGUGAUCAGAUCACUCUUAAUGAGUGGCGUCGAGAUUUUGCUGGUGGGCCUCAGCUUGGGCUUAAUGAACAGGUUCCAGGUGAGGUGGAUCCUUUUACAAUGGUCUAUUUAGAUGAGGAAGUGCAAAAACACAAAUCACCUGCUCAGUCUGAGUUUCCACGUUCUGUUCUACCAUCCCGUGAGGAAGAUGUUCUCCCACCUCUUCCAAUGGAUGAUGCUAUGGGCUUUGGUCAGAUGGAUAUGGAAAUUGAUGGCUUGGAACACACUGGUGGAGAAGUCAGGGGAGAAGCACCUCUUGAAAACAUCCCAGAACGUGAAACACUCAGAUCUGCAGCGCCAGUUACACAGGAAGAACCAUUCAUCAGGGGAUUAGAAGAGCUGGAGAAGGGUAUUGAUGUAGGUGAUGAGACUGAAACUAGUAAAAUGGAGGAAACAGGGGUUCCUAUUUUAGGAGAGACUCCAAUGAUGGGAGGGGGAACUCCAAGAUUUGGUCAGCGUCAAACACCACAUAGCAUAACUCCGGGUGAAAUUUCCGGCGAUGAUGAUCUCUUGACAGCUGUUUUAGGGGGUAUGUCUCCAGGAUUGACAGUCAUGCCUACUCCAACUAAGAGUCCAGCUCAAGAAGAAAGGAAGAGAAUACCAAGAAAGAGGAAGCAGUUAUUUGAUGAAUCUAUUGUUUUGUCAAAUGAGUUCAUGAAGAGGCAGUUAGAAUAUACAGAUGAUAUUUGUCGCAUACGUAGGAAAGUUCCCUGCUCUGCUCGGGAGACAUGGAAAGAAUACAGAAGCUCUCACAUGCAACAAAUCUUCUCAGAACCCUCUCUUCCUGGUAUGUCAACUCAUCUUCAAGAGAUUUUCAAGAAAGUUUUUACUGCCAAGGGAGUAAAAGUUGCUUUUGCGGAGGCUCCAACUAAAGGCUUUAAGAAUGGGGUGGAGGAGCCACUAGAAUCUCCUCAGGCACCUGACAUAGAAAUGGCGCGGUUUGCACCACCUGGAGUUGAGACCUUGCCAGAUGUGGGAUUUGAAACUGCUGGUCAGAUGGAAGAGCCUACUUACCCAGCCAACGAAGAGGUGGAGUUAGAUACUCAAAUACCAGAAGUGUUGGUGCCAGAAAAUGUGAUUGAACUUGAAGAGGCAAGUACAGCUGAACCAAAAGCUUCAGAAUUUGCAACGCCCAGUCAAUAUGGUCUAAGUGGAGUAUCAAUUGAAGAGGCACCUAGUGUUGGAAUUUCCGUUUAUGAGAAGGAACAUAAGCAGGGCCUAGAAUUUCUUGAAGAAGAUUCUAGACAUGCUGUUUUUGUUGUACAAGGUGAAGAAGAAUUCACUGAGGAAUCAGGUGUCGGUGAUGCUGUGAGUGGUCUGAAGACUGAUGAUACCAGUGGCUGGUCAGUGCGAACAAGAGCUGUAGCACAAUAUUUGAGAACAGCUUUUCAAAAGUUGGAUACUCAAGAGAAAAGGCUAAAUCUCUGUGAAAUGCUUGCUGGGAGAACACGCAAGGAAUCUGCUAGAAUGUUCUUUGAAACACUGGUAUUGAAGAGCAAGGACUACCUUGGUGCGAACCAAGAAGAACCAUAUGCAGAUAUUCACUUGUUGCCAAGAGAAAAGCUCAUGAAAGCCAAGUUCUGAGAUGUGCUUUGUAAAAGUUCUGAUAUCGCCAAUGUAAUAUGUUCUUGUUUAUAAACGAAUUUAAGGCAAUUUCUUCAUUCAA